UUUACCUGUCCUCCCCCUGCGAGGCCGUAAUAGGAAGAAAAUGGUGGGCGAGGCAAGACUGUAAACAGGCGAAUAGCUGUCCGGAAUCCGCUGGCGGCUCACUUCGAUCCCAGAUUUCAAAUACGCCGCAUCGUUUCCUCGCGCUUCAAGGAAUGCAACUUCGUCUCCGCCAUCGACUUCUACUCACGAUUAGAGACACAGGUACAUCGAGCACAUGAGAGAGAAUGAGACAUUGAAGCUUGUGUACGUUUGGAAACGUUGAACUUCGAUUUCAUAAAAAUUCGCCGGAACUUCGAGUGCCUCGAGGCUCGCGCGAUGGCCAAUGUCACGGCGACGGUGGACAUUUUCUUCGCGAAAGAGGAGCUGAAAUGUCGUCAACUGCUCUCAGAGUACAAUGAAACGUCGGCGAACAGCACGGAAUUUCGCCACUGUCCUCCAUUUUUCGACGGUGUCCUUUGUUGGCCGUUAACAAGGGCCUCGACAAUAGCCAUUCUCCCGUGUCCGCCAGAAAUCGACUUCGUGUACGGUGCAGAAUCGAGGACCACCGUGGAAUUAAAUAACAUAUCGAUCGCCACGAAAAUCUGCCUUUCGAACGGAAAAUGGUACACGAAUUUCGAAGGGAUUUCAUGGAGCAAUUACAGCCGUUGCGGCACGAACGCGUACGAAAGUUACAAAACCUUCGAAACCUUCGAAACGUUCGAAAGCUUCGAAACCUUUGUGCUGGACGUAAGAAUCAAAUGCUAUUCGCGAAACACCGUGAGAAGCGAGAACAUGCGUUAUUUUGGUUUUCAUCCCUAUAGAAAGUUGCCGAUCGUCAGGAUUGUCUCGCAGAUCGGCUACACCGUUUCCUUCGCUACUCUCGUCAUCGCGAUGAUCAUCUUCUCUCUGAUAAGGAGGCUCAGGAAUCCUAGAAAUAGGCUGCACAUGCACCUGUUCGCCUCGUUCAUAAUGAGGGCGUUCAUGACGCUGCUCAGGGACUGGAUCAUCGACGACGGGAUCGGGUUAGCCGUGGACGUUGUGUACGUGAACGGGGAGGACGCGUUCAUCAAACAGCGAAACUUCCAGAUCUUGAUGUGCAAGGCAAUUACAAGCACGUGGCAGUACUCUAUCGUUGCCAAUUACUCCUGGAUAUUGAUGGAGGGAUUGUAUCUCCAUAAUCUGGUCGUUUUAGCGUUUUGCUCCGACAGCGCAGCGACCAAUCUGUACAUUUUCAUGGGAUGGGGCUUGCCAGUGUUCGUGGUGGCUCCAUGGAUCGUAAUCCGAGCUACGAUCGAGGACACGCUUUGCUGGACCACUCACAACAAUCCUUCUCUGUUCCUCGUCAUCAGAAUACCGAUCAUGAUUUCGAUCUUGUUUAACUUUCUGCUCUUCAUCAACAUAGUCCGUGAACUUUUCAUCAAGCUGAGGACCUCUGUGCACCUGCAGCGCAAGAAGAUGCAGUAUAGCAGGUGGGCUAAAUCCACGUUAGUCCUUGUUCCCCUUUUCGGAGCCCACUAUACGCUGUUCUUGGGCUUCUCUUAUCAUAAUGAUCACCGUGUGGAACUCGUCUGGCUCUUCUGCGAUCAGUUCUUCGUCUCUUUUCAGGGUACGUUCGUAGCCUUGCUCUACUGUCUGCUGAGCGCAGAGGUACGUUCAGAGGUAAAAUUAGCCUGGAGAGCCAGAUGGUCGAAGAAAGCGAUUUGCUACACUUUGUGCAAAGAGUCGAGGCGAAGAAGAAUAAAACGACAAUGCCGGAAACCCACGGACUACGAAGAUCCCACCAUCAGCGGUUCCACCAUGAGAAACCUUUUCGUAUUGCAAGUGGACAAAGAUCGAACAACAACUACUCGUGUGUUUUAGAUGUAGAAAUCGUUUUCUCCAAUUAGAUAACUUUUCUCUGUA